UAUUGUGUAGUGGACAUCAAAUAAUUCACAUCUAACACUCAACCCGCUACAGAAGUGACAAUGCCGAUAUCUGCCCCUAAAAUCCCGGACGGUUUACCCGAGCUGAUGCGUGGGUUAGCCAAGAGUGUGAUCAAGGAAAACCCGGAAAAUCUCUACCUGCACGCGGCGGAGUACUUUGAGAAUUUGAUUCGCGAACGUGAUGGAACGCUGGAACGGGGCUACCAGGGUUUUAACGCAUACCAAGUGUAUGCGGACUAUAAGGAAAAAACGCGCGAGAAGUUGGGACUAGCGCCCGGGAAGCAGUCCUCGGUUAGUGAUGAAGGUGAUGGUGAUGCAGAUGAUACGGGCAGCGGUGAGAGUGCUUCGAAGACACGUGGACGUACCAGGCGCCGUCGAACGCGUAAGCCAUCGUCAGCGGAAAAGGAAAACCCUGUGACGGAGGUACAAAGCGCUACUAUCCCCCGGCGCGAGGGGGAGACCGAGCGGGUUUCACGUAGAAAAAGUUCCGAGCUUUCCGAAGAUGCGGCGCCAGUGUCGGUUGUGGAAGAGGAGGUGGUCAAAGUGCAUUACAAUCCGCCAGAGGCACAACCGACGGCUAGGGUCGUUAGUGCACAAUCCGUAGAGGCCGAACAGGCCGUGCUGACCGUUCUGGAUGAUGAGCAAAUGCUGGAUUCGGACGGUCUUAGUAAGGAAACGGAGGAGGACGAGCCGAUGGAGAGCGUUGAUGAUGUUGGCACGGCUCCCAGCACGGCCGAUGUUACCGAGACCGAAGCAUCCGUCGUAGUUGAUAAUGUGCCAUUGCAGGAUUUGGAAACGUGCUUCAUGCAUGCGAAUGUCGAUCAUUUAUUGGAAAAACAUUCCGAAGAAGCAGCGGUAGAAGAUUUGAAGGUAGACGAAUCUGUUGUAAAGGAUACAAGCAAGGAAAGCGCAAUAGCGACUGACCUUGAUGCGAUGUCAACCCUUAAGCAGGAGGAUGAUGAGUCUAAAGACGUUGCUACAGAAGAGGCAGAGAAAGAGGGUACUGACGAAGUCGGUAUGAUGCAAAUGGACGGCGGUACAGGCGGUGAGAAAAUCUUUAUUUCGAACGAUGGUGUCAUCGCUGAGCCAUCCGUUGGCGAUCAGCAAACUACCGAUCAUCCCGCGAAUACCGAAGCACCAGAAAAUCGUCCGCAAUCUGCCGGAAAAGCGGCGGAAAGCGUUCCUUCUGGCAGCGAUGAGAUCGUCUCAGAUGCAGCAGAGGCUAAUUUACUGCAAAAAGAUUAUGCUACGCCGGUUGAAGUUGAGCAGAAAGAGCAAAAUGAUGAAACCAAAAAAGCAAACUCCGAAGAUGCUAAAGAUAAUGCUGCUAGUGAUCUGACGGAGAAUCUAUCCUGGAACCAGCAAGCGGAAAUUCUAACAUUCAACCAGCUAACGAAGAAUCACCUAACCCUGAACCAGCUAGUGAAGAAUCAGCUAAUCCUGAUAAGACGAACGAUCGCAUCAGUUCAGCAAAGAAGCACCGAAAAGGAAGGUGUCACGAUACCUACUGAAGCCGAGGAACAGCUAAAGAGUGAGGCAACAAACAUUGACGAACCAAAUGAAAGUCCUUUGCUAGAGGAAGUGGAAUCAACGAAUGAGCCAAAGGUUGAGCAAUUCACGUCCGGUGAACCUGCAAAUGACGAAUCGACAAAAGGAGAUGAUGAGAAACUAGCACAAGAAUCAUCCCAAGAAGAAGAUGUCAUUAAGGAAAAGCCGAAGGAGCAGAUUCAACAGAGCGAUGGUACAGAUACGUCCGGUACUGCUGCGACGAAAGUCGUAAAUGAAUCGAUUGAAACGGAGAUAUCCUCACAACCCACAAUUCCAGACCAAUCUGUAACUGAGCCAUCUGGUACAAAUGAUGAAGAAAAAUCGAAUGAGCAGCCUCCGGAAAUUACCGCUGCUGCUGAAAUAGCACAAAAGGGUAACAUUGCAGAUGUCAAAGAUGAAUCUGAAUUACCUGAGGUACUAAAUUUAGGAUGCUCAGAUGAACAGAAACCUGCAGAACUGAAUGAUCAAACCGUAGACAUUGCAAACACUGAGGAAAAGAAAAACAUUGAAGCAUCAACAGAACCCGCAUCGAUCGAUGUGAGUGUGCCUGCUAAUUCGUCUCAAAUAGAGGACAUAAAAAACGAUUCGAUUAAUGAGGACAACGCACAGCAACCGUCCGAUGAUGCCCCUAUCGAUGGUGAAAAGAUUUCCGAUAAUGAUGAAAAGAUUUCCUCGCAGGAGGUAGUAGAUGAUCCUCCGGGGCCAUCUCCUGAAGAAGUGAUGGAAGAACCGUGCAUCAAGCGUCAAAUUUCACCUUCGAAUUCCACUCGCCCGGAACCCGUGGAAGAGAUCAUUGAGAAGAAGCAAGAUCAGGAGCUGGAGGAGAUAAAGAAGGUAGAUCUCAGCCAGCUGAGUAAAGAUUCAGCCGAAGCGUUGUUUUACAGUCUCAAGAAAAGCGCUCUGGAGAAUCAGGAAGAAAAAGACGGUUCUGUCGAUGAUGCUUCGAACAAUGAGGAAAAUACUGCUGCUGCUGCUGCUGCUAAGGACGAUGAUGAUGAUGAUAAAGAUGUGGUCGUGGCAGAGGAACCACAACCGAUGGAAGCAACAACCGAUGAUGGUACCAAGCGUACAUUUACCGAUGAUUUUUUAGACGAAGCCCCCAUCACUGAAGCUGACCCAGAGCUUAAGGUGGCGUCCAGUGAUGGGGUAGCAGUGAAGGAUGCUGCGGAACCACUCGAGGCUCAGACGUCAUUGGAGGCAAGUGAGAAAGACGACGCCUUUAACCCGAUGGUUAUGGUAUCGAUGCGCUCAAAACAGUUCCAAGAGCAGCUGCACGAGAGAGAGGGUAGGUUGGCGAAUGAGAGUGAAGGUGUUAAUCCGGAGAACGUUAACACCAAGCGGCCACUUAUGCGACGAUGCAUGACCGAGAUGGCUGAUUUGCAGCGAUUCGAAGAUACGGCGCAGGAUGACGAAACGACGGACGGGACGAGCUAUGUAGAGGAAGAGGAUCAGUUCGAUGGUUACUACAUCGGCCACAUUAAGAACAAAAUUCUGGCCUCAUCGGUAUCGGUGGCCGAUUCGGAUUGUUUCGAUCCGACACGCUCACCACAGGAGCCCGCGAACGAUGAAACCGAGGUUCGUACGGCUCUGGAAACGAUUGCGUCGACCGAUACCGAAUCAACGAUUGCAUCGCAGGCCACCAUACAGCAGGCCGGAAGCAAGCGGAGCUACCUGCGGAAACACUCCCAGAACACGUCCUCCAACAUACCGUACGCUUCGUUUGGGAACGCAGCCAUCGACCAGUCGCUGGAUGAUUUUAUUGAGCGCGAGGAACAGAAUAAGCAGGACGAAGCGUUCGCCGAAGCGGCCACCAAGAUACAGCGGUCAUAUCGGACGCAUAAGAAGCGAUUACUGCGGGACUAUCACAGCACGAUGCGCACCUUCACCGAGGAUCAAUCGGCAGAAAGUGGCGAAGAGUACAACAACAGUGCAACCAACGUAAUCCAGAUCAAGCUAGACCAGAAGCGGGACCCUGCCGCUGGCAGCUCUGGCCUUGGAACGGUGGCGGAUGGCGGUGAGGAGAGUGAUUCCAACAACGCUAGCCUGCACGUUCCGCUCGGAACCGGUGGUCGGCGUCCUAUGUACAGCUUGAACAUUGACGAUUAUGAUACGGUGGCACGGCGCAUGACAUUGACACGUGGCGUGGCCAUGCAGCGAAACUCGACGCCCGAUGAUGAUUCCGGCAAAUCAACCAACGCAUCCACGGACCGCAAACCAUCGUUGGCCGAUGGGGAUGGUAAGGUACUGGUACCUCCACAACCAGUGUCCGAGAUUCAGGAGGAUGCGCCAGUCGUGGCACCAGAAGCUGAACGAUCUGGAAGCGAUGAACGGGAGCACAACGACAAUGACAACGGCAACAACAUCUCCCAAUCUCAACCAAGCGCCAGCCGCGAUGGGCAGUAUCUUAGUGUUUCUUGUUUUGCUUGUGCCUUGGCGGACCCAUUUCUUGCAGCACCGGAUGAACCAAGGACACAGAAUCGGGAACUUAGUACCGCAGUACCGAAGCCCAUCCGAAUGCAAGCCAGCGAAACCCUCAGCAGCCAUGGUGUAGCACCACUAGAUGUUAAAAAUUUGUUGCUCUUUGAACGUCGCCGUACUAUGCCGGUUUCGUCCGUCAUCCGGCUGGUUGAUUCAUCCGCAUCCGUCAUCCGGCUGGUACCGAAACACAUGCGUAAGCGUAUCAGCAGUGCCGGUAUGAUGAGCGAUGGUAAACGGAAAUAAGAAGGGCAUCGGGCAUCAUAGGAACCCAUUCCGGUCCUGAUUUUCAGUUUCAGGUGUCAUCAGAGACAACCGUUGAGUGAAUGCAGUAUUCAAGUGUUAUAGUGCUAGACGCGCGUGCAUGCUCUCGAUCGUAGUGUAUUGUUUCAACACCGUUAGGAAUGGCUAUUAAAAAUAUACCUUAUCGCUAUCUAGCUAAUGUCAUGUUUAGCACCUUACCAAAUGCAAAUGCGUUUCUUUAUUUUUGCCAUACAACUGGUUGGUACCCGUCGGUCCGCUGGUCAUUUUUCGCCUGCCUUCAACUGAAUCCGCUCUAGCACCAGUGCACCGAUUAUACAAUGUACAUUACAAUGAUGUUAGUAUAGCGCUUCCGCUUAACAACAUACUGCUACGCUGCAUGACACCCGUGGAAAACAGUGCGAUCGCUUCCGCCGUGCUACUGGUUGCUCCGUUGGUUGCUUCAAUACUCAAUGGUUGCUUGCAUUGUUGGAACGUUGCUUAUAAUAGACAUUGUUUUGGGCGAAUGGUGCCCCUUUAGUAUACAUUUCUAAUAGACUA